AAGUCGUAAAGAGUCAAGAAAGGACCCGCACUGCAUCACUCUCAAUUGAAUCUUUGAAUCAAUUAAACAUGUUUCAAUUCCUCUCAUCAAACCCUUCUUUCUUUCCUCUCUUUCUCUUUCUCUUUCUUUCUUCUGCAGCAUCCACCUCUCCCAUGCAUCAUCUUCCAGAUGAAAGCGUGGAGACAAAUGAGACGGUGCUGAAUAAGCAUGGCAAUGGCGGCAACACUAGCACCACUCUGCUCCUUGCUCCCCACAGAACUAACCGACCCGAUAUCUUCAACCAUUUCCAACCUUACACUGCUGGCUGGAAUCUUACCAAUUACCACUAUCUUUCGUCAGUGAUUUCAAGUGCAGUUCCCUUGAUUGUAGCAGCUGUAGCAUGGUUGGUCGUAUUUGGGGUUUGUUUACAACUCAUCUGUUUCUGUUACUGCUGUUGCCCUUCUUCAACUCCUCCUCCUCAUGCCUAUUCCAAAUCUGCCUAUGUUUCCUCCUUCAUCUUCCUCUUCUUAUUCACCAUUGCAGCAAUAGGUGGAUGCUUGAUCCUCUACAGUGGUCAGGGGAAGCUUCACGAAAGCACCUCACAAACACUGCAUUUCCUAGUGAAUCAAGCUCACCUCACUGCUCUGAAUCUCAGGGAGGUCUCAGAUUAUUUUGAUACAACUAAGCAGGUUGGCCUUGCUGCUGAUCUAUCAUUCUUGCCGCCGGAUUUCGGAGACCAAAUCGAUCAUGUUAAAACCAAACUCACUAGUGCUUCUCUUCUUCUUUCCAAUAAGACUGAUCACAACUCACACAACAUACAACAAGGAUUAGACACAAUGAGAUUGGCUCUUAUCAUUGUUUCUGCUGUUAUGCUCUCUGUUACAUUUGCUGGGUUCUUAUGUUCCUUACUUGGGAUACAGUGCCUUGUAUACUUCCUAGUAGUUAUUGGAUGGAUUCUAGUUGCAUGUACCUUCAUACUUUGUGCUGGAUUUCUGUUUCUUCAUAAUGUGAUUGGGGAUACAUGUGUUGCAAUGGAUGAGUGGGUGCAGCAUCCAACUGCACAUACAGCUCUGGACGAGAUUCUUCCAUGUGUAGAUAACUCAACUGCACAACAAACCUUGCUAGGAAGCAAGGUUGUGAUUGGUCAAAUAGUUGAUGCAAUAGAUCUCUUCAUUUCGGAUGGUCUGAAUCAAGACCUUCCAUUACUCGAAUUCAACCAAUCGGGUCCUGAAAUCCCUCUUGUGUGCAACCCAUUCCACAGUUGCAACAACCUCCAACAAGUGACAUUGCAAGAUGCCAAUGCUGUGUGGAAGAAUUACACAUGUGAAGCUUCUUCAUGGGGAAGGUGUGUGAGUGUUGGUAGAAUGACUCCAACAGUGUACACACAAUUAGGGGCAUUAGUGAAUGUGACGUAUGGUUUAUAUCAUUAUGGACCGUUUUUGAGUGAUUUAGUGGACUGCACUUUCGUCAGGGAAACCUUCUCAGCCAUAACACACAAUUAUUGCCCUUCACUAAGCUUGUUUACUAAAUGGAUUUAUUUUGGAUUACUGCUGGUUUCUGUAGCCGUAAUGUUCUCUUUGAUUUUGUGGAUCAUCUACGACACACACCACCGCCAUCGUCGCUACACCAAAACCAUGCGUUACAUUGUCAGAUAGAUAUCUCAUUCUUCAUCCUUUUUAGUACAUGUAUCAAUUAUGUAAACUAUAAAAUCAUAGUAAUAAUAAAAAAAUGUU